UUGAGCAAACGGCACUCAAGUGGGGGUGUGUGUGUGUGUGUGUGAUCGGUUUCCAUCAGCUGCUACUUGUGUGGCUUAAGUGAGUGAGUGAGUGUUGUGUGGUACCUACACUAUAAUGUGCGAUAUGAACACAGUGUCCUGCCCUUCUCUGUCGGAAUAAUGCUGUGCUGUCUUCUCCGGGACUCUUCCGCUUUCAUUCGAGCCACCGCGUUUUUGUAGCGCUUAUCCGGAUCAGCAGGUAGAGCCGCUGUGGGAUCUGCACCGCACUGGACGCCUGUAGGAGCUUGAAGUCAGAGCCACUCGGGGUGAUGUCGGCUCGGUUGUCACUCCUCACAACGGCUUCCCCUCGGACACGGCCGAAUGGGAUUAUUGUGGGCAGUAAAGAGAUCUGAAGCCGGAAUGCCACAGUGUGCCAGAUCGUCAUUAAAGUGAGUGCAACACUCACUAACAAGCAGACCACACUUUUUGUGCUCUAACACAAUUUCCUCGGCUUUCUGUAUAUCAGCAAUCAACCAAAUGCACCCUGAAAAUAAACUGACCAAUCAUGGGAAGCAAGUGAGCAGGGGUGCACAGUCACAGAUCUCCAGUGUAAAUCAGCAGGGGUGUCAAGAACCUGCAGGAAACCAAGGUUCAAAGAGCACCAGGUCAGGGAGCCAUGAUGUCAAAACAAAUCAGAUAUCUUCAAGCAACCCUGACCUAAAGAGUGUGGGCCAAUCAGGCAGUACUGCUGGUGUGGGCAGGAUGAUGAAAACCAAGGCUAAGAGGGAGAGAACCAUGUCACUGGAUGUAGCAGACCAAAAAGACACCCUUGCGUCAGUGCUGGAGUCAGAGGCUAAAGUAGAGGGCAUAAUACGCAGUAAACGUCGCUGUGUGCUGGAGAAGAAACAGCCCUAUAGUGGAGAUGAGUGGUGUUCAGGAGCAGAGAGUGAGGAAGAGGAGGAGAAACCCCUUAACACUAUUCCCAGGGAACAUGUAAUGUCAUCCUCUGAGCAGUCUCUCUCAGCUGCAGUGGGCUCAGUCAGUGAUAAAAACAGACCAGGUUUAGGGUGUGCUCUCCGUCCUGGGGUACAUUCUGACCAGCCCCUGCAGCAAGUAGUGUACGUCUUCACCACCAACCUAGCUAACAGUGCUGCAGAAGCAGUUAUACAUGGCCAAACUGAGUCAAUCCUCCUCUUUCACCAGCAAAAUGUUCCUCGCACCAAAUUGGACCAGCAGUGCACUGGUGUUGGGAAUCUACCCAACAUAUUAGAACAACUCAGCUCUAACAGCACUCCUACCAUGGGCACCCCCAAGUCUCAAAGUUGUACACCUCGUCCAGCCUCUGUUGGGAUUGUUGCAGGCCCACAAGCAUGCAGAAGUAGCCCGUCUUCCACUGGUCACCCAGAAGAUGGGGUUGCACAGGUCCGUCCGGGAGGAACACCCAGUUACGAUAACAGUGUGACCUCUCACCCGUUAGGACCUGGAGGCGUAGGCGCACAUCGUGUGGGGGCCCAAGGGUGUGGAAUGGAUGGCUCAGGCGUGAUAAACUACCCUGGUGCAGGUGUAUCUCCAAGUGUUAGUCCAUCCAUUUUGUCCGCACACCUUCAGUGUGUGGGCAGCCAAGGUAGCACUGAUGGACUGUCUAAAGAGCAGCUAGAACAUCGUGAGCGUUCUCUUCAGACGCUGAGGGACAUUGAGAAACUGCUUCUGCAUAGUGGGGCUGGUGCCAGCCAUGGAGAUUCAGGAGAUCCCAACAGCAAUCCCAACAAUGGGUCUAUUUCUAACAAUAAUACUGAAGGAUGUAGAGGACUGGACAAUAGAGAAAUGGGUGGUCUGAAAGCUGGCAACAGUGGCCAUUCCCCUGGUGUGCCUUCUAUUGGUGUAAUGAAAAGGCAUGAGCCUCUACAGUCCUUAAUUUCACAAACACAGAACCUUAGUGGGCCCAAUAUGGAUGAAACUUUGAUGUUGAGGCACCCUAGCUUGUCUCCUCACCACCAGUUGUCUUCCCCUUUAGCACUGGACAUGGGUCCAAUGCUAGGUCCUGAGGGGCUUACACCAGAACAGAUAGCUUGGAGGAAGCUUCAGGAGGACUACUAUCAGGAGAAGCGGCGGCGACAAGAAAUUAACCCUCACAGGCACUCUCAGCAUUUCCACAUGAUGCCUGAGAUGGGAAUGCCAGGGGGACCACACCUAAUAAUAAGAGGUCCUCCACCUCCAUAUCACAGCAAGCCUGGAGACCAGCAGUGGGGGCAGAGGCCUAUAAUUACUGGUGGUAUGGAAGGAAAUUUGAGAAUGAUUGACAUGCAUCAAGAGGGACCUCGGGGGCCCAGGUUUGUUGGACAGAGAGGACCUCCAGGUGGUGGUUACCCAGGAAGCCCAGGAGCCAUAUUACCCAUAGAAGGGCUUGGCCCUCAAAGAUCUCCCAGACCAGGAAUCAGCUGGAUUGAUGACCUACCACCUAAUAUGGGUGGAGUAGGUCAAUUCCAUGGGUGCUAUCCUCCUAGUGGGCCUGGUGGACCUCCUCAGCAAAUGCAGAGUGGUUUGGAUCGCCCCUUAACAAGGGAGGAGAUAUUUCAUAUCAUGGAAAAACGACAGCUACAAGGGCUUCGCAGGCUGGAUUUGGAGCAGUUAUCCAGACAGCAGCAGCAUCAGAGAGUUCUCGGAGGUCCCAGGAUGAUGGAUAACCCUGGUGGACCAGGCUUUCCCAAUCCUGGCAUGGGAGGUGGUCUCUCGUCCCGCGAAGAUACAAUGAACUUUCCUAACUCUCAGUCCAUGAUGGGCUCUCCUAUUGAUGGUGCAGGUGGGGGAGGUGGACCUUUAUUAAGAGACAUGGUUAACUCGCCUUUAGGUGGAAAUUUGAACAUGAACACCAGGAUGAACAUAAACCUACAUCAACAGCAGCAAAUAUUGGCCCAGAAAUUAAGAGAAGGUGCUGGGCCAGAGAUGUUAAGCCCAGAAGACUCCCGCAUCAGGGCUAUGCAGAAUGGCCAGGGUGGUGCUAACAGACUAAUAGUCCCUGGACCAGAUGGACAGCUUCAGUUUCCCAGUCAGAAUCCCUUUUCUGGAGGAGAAGGAGAUGGAUCCAAUGUACAGCAUUCGGGGCCUGAGAUGUUUGGAUCUAAUCAAGGUCCUCCCCAAAUUAGUGGAACCUCAAGACUUAGUCAUAUGCCCAUGAACACUGGCCAGAAGGCUUCAGACCUUGGUUCACGUCAUCCAUCUGACCUUUCUGUUAAUGUCAAUUCAAUUGGCUCCCCAACUUUGCCCCCUUCUCACCAGCUGAAGUCACCAUCCCUUAGCCAUGAACCUUUACCCCUUAUACCCUCUCCCUCUGCUCCAAGCUUAAAAUCCCCCAACCAGCCAUUGUCUACUGGACCACCACACCCUCCUCUGCCUGCAUCUUCCGGUGCUGGUACACCUACCACCACUUCCAUGAAGUCCCCUCAAAUAAUGGGUUCCUCCCUAGGACUCAGAUCACCAUCUGGUUCUCCAGGACACCUCAAAUCUCCAGCCAUGCCUAUUGCCUCUCCACGAUGGACUGCUUCACCCAAGACUACCCUGGCCAGCCCUGUGGGGACUACCGGCAGUAAGGGAGUAGGCAAUGACGGGAACAUUUCCACUGAAACAGGUAUAUCCUUACCCCCCAGAAGUUCUACAUCAACUCCCAGUGGUCAGCCUCCCAGCAUGCCUUUCACCUCUUCCCUGGACACACCUACAUCCCAGAAUCAUCUGUCCCUUAUUAUGUCUCAGAUGUCUAAGUAUGCCAUGCCCUCCUCUACUCCACUCUAUCAUGAAGCCAUCAAGACGAUUGCCACGUCCGAUGAUGAAAUGCCUCCAGAUCGACUUCUGCUUCCUGGAGCCAAUGUUCAAGGAAACAUGGUAAAUCACCAGUCCUCACAGAUGCUCCUGUCCUCACAAAGACCAAUGGAACCUCACAGUAGCCCUUCAAGCCCCUCUGAAAUCGUGCUUCAGGGAAAUCAGCAGUUGUCCCUCGAUCCGCCUGGGCCACUGCAACCUUCCCCUAAUCCCAUGGUCAUGCCAGUGAUGAUGGGAAGCGGAGGGGGUCCUCCAGAUGGCAUAGGACCCUGCAAUUUGUCUCCUAUGCACCCUCCAAGCCAGAUGGGGGGAUUCCCUCGCAUGCAGGCACCCCUACAUUCUCCUGUAGGAGUUAUGGGCCAGCAGUACCCACCACCUUCUGAUGAAAUCUUACCUGCUGAGCCGGUGCACCUCCUCAGCAAGGCCAUGUCCCAUCAGCGGCCACCGCACCCAUCUGACACUUUCCCAUCUAUAUCCAUAAGUGAAGGCCCGGACCUGAGUGAGGUUAUCAGGCCCACGCACACAGGCAUCCCAGAGUUUGAUCUGUCUCGUAUCAUUCCUGCCGACAAGCCCAGCAGCACCCUGCAGUAUUUUCCCAAGAGUGAGCCAAUGUCCCAGCUCUCACAUACCCUUCACCAAGGGCAGCUACCUCAGCAUGCACCUUCAGCGCAGCUCCUGAAGCAGCUCUCCUCGUCUGGGCCCGCUAACAGCAGCACGCCUUCUUCAAACCCUCACAUUGCCAAUCUGCAGAACAUGAUGGCCGAGCAGCAACUUUCCCUGCAGCCAUCGCACUGUGGCCUGCGCCCUGGCCUGGGCAUGGCCCAGGGAGGCUCUAGAGGUCUAACCUCAGGCAGCGGAAUGGGGCCUGGGCACAUGUACCAUCCAGGACAUCCCAUGGGUAGGACAAGUAUGCCAUUACCACAGCAACAGCUCUAUCAGCAGCAACAAGCAAUGAUGCAUAACAGCCUCUUGCAACACCAGUCCUAUCAGACACAGGGCAUUUUGUCCCCACAGCAACAUCCACACAAUCUUAUUGCUCAACAGAACAUGAUGAUGAUGCAAGCUAAACAGAGGGGCAUGCCUAUUCCCGGGGAGCACUAUGGCCAGCAAGGGGCUCUCAUGUCCCCUCCGGGUCCCAUGAUUGGACCGCCACACCCACAAUCGAUCAUGAUGGGACCCCAGGGAAUGAGACAGAGAGGCUUGUCUUUGGAUAGUCCGCUAGACUAUGGGCCUGGAGGCAUGGCGAACAUGCCCUUCUAAAAUGUUUUUCUGUGAACCAGUACAAAACUUUUCCAACUAAGACAUGCUUUUUAUCAUUGUUUUUCCUAAAUGUGGCAAUCAAAUGAUAAGUUUGUUAGUAAUAAUCUUUUAAUUAUGAGAUAACCAGCAAAAAGUUGAAAUAGUGGCAAAUCAUACUACUACAAAUUCUGAAGCCAUUUUUAAAUGUCUGUAUAAUAUGUACAUUUCAAAGAUAAAUGUGUUUGCUUUUGUGAAAAUUUUUUCUGGCUUAUAAAUGGUUGUGCAAGGGAAUAUAUAAAUAUAUAUUAUAUAUAAAUAUUAAUAUCUGUAUAAUUGCUGUAAAUAAGAUGCCAUUUGUGCUUGUUUGCAAAUGCUCUGUAUAACUGUGACUUAAUAUAAAUCUAAAAACACAUAAG